AUGGUUGACUACGUCACCCGAUUGGUGGGCGGGGCUUUCCCAUCCACCCUCGCGAGGCGCGCGAACAGCAAGCGCGAGGGGGGAAGUAUCGCGAGAGGCGCUGGGCUUGUUUUGAAACGGAGGCGGGAGAAGGAGAAAGAGAGGCAGGCCGGGAAGAAGAAAGGCAGGCAGGCAGGCAGGCAGGAUGAGCGGGCGGAAGAGGCAGCAGCAGCCGGGGGCGGCGCGGAGGUCUCUGCGCCUGAAGGGACGCCCUUCCCUCUCCUCCUCCCCCUCGGCCUCCCCUCCCUCCUCUCCCGGCCAGAGGAGAAGCCCCCUAGGUGUGUGCCGCUCUUACCUGCUUUCAGUAUUUGUGCCUUCUUCUUUCUCAAGGACCUACCCUCCUCCAGUAACCAAAGACCCUCCACUUCCACCGAUUCGAAAGUCGCAACACCUCGGUUCCUAUUCAAGAAAGUGCUGCAGACCCAGCCGGUCCGUUCUCCUCUGGCUCCUGCAAAACCCAGGUGCUCCCAGCCUGUGGACUCCGCCUUGCAAUUAUCUUUGAGGCAUCAACCCCACAGUAACGUAGAAGCCAGUUCACCUGACUCUGCUCCUGAAGAGAACUUCCAUUCAGCUCAACACAGACCUGUAUCGAAAAAGAUUCGUCUGUCUGAAAGAAAUGUGGAUAAUCAACAGGACUCAGUUGCUCAGUCAACGCUGGAAAACACGUCCCUGACAAAGUCCCUCCAGGUCUCUUUUCGGACUCCAGCACCAUUGGAGCCGGCUGGGAAAAAGGGUUUGCUCCGUCGGCCCAAAAAUUACAGAAGCCUGAAUCUGAAGGAUUUUCAAGAAGGCAUUGACGAGAACUUGCAGCGUGCAAAAGAAUCACAAAGCGAUCUCUUGGACUCUGAGUUAAAUGACACUGAGGCGCAUUCGGUGUCCACGAAGCUCUUUGCGCAGCCUCAGUUCCGUGGGCAGGAGGGCGAAGAGGCUUCCCUUGCGCCUUCUCCGCAUGCUUCCGUCGUGCCGUCUCUGACUGGGGAGGGAGCGCGGCCUCCCCAGAAUAGUCCCAGGUGGCACCUGAACACUGAGGCGGAUCCUGUGGUAUCAUCCACGCCCGUUCAUCACAACAGUGUGCAAGACACACAACCAGGCUCCCCGUUCAUGUUAUCCAAGGAGAAGUCUGACAGGCGUUCAGUGAGAAAAAUGGUGUCACACUUAAUCGAGGAGCUGGAUAAAAGUAUCUCAGAAGCCAACAGAGAAGGAGAAGGAGAAGGAGAGGAGGAGGAGGAGGAGGAGGAGGAGCUUUUCCCCAAUGAAAGGGCUCAUCAGAUCUCUCCAAGAACCAGAGUGGAAACUCCAGGCAGUUGCGUCAGGAGGAGGAACACCACGGAGGGGAAGAGCCCGCCUGCAACACAAAUGGUGGAUGGAAGGACUCCACAAAUGGGCAAAGGAAGGGAACUGCAAGAGGCGUUGGACAUGCAGACUGAACCAGAAGCUGAAACGGAUCCCGAGUCUGAGGAGAUGACAGAUCCUGAAACGGACUUUGAGAACAUUGCUCAUCAGAUCUCUCCAAGAACCAGAGUGGAAACUCCAGGCAGUUGCGUCAGGAGGAGGAACACCACGGAGGGGAAGAGCCCGCCUGCAACACAAAUGGUGGAUGGAAGGACUCCACAAAUGGGCAAAGGAAGGGAACUGCAAGAGGCGUUGGACAUGCAGACUGAACCAGAAGCUGAAACGGAUCCCGAGUCUGAGGAGAUGACAGAUCCUGAAACGGACUUUGAGAACAUUGAUCCAACUGGGAAGACACCGGCCUUUGUGCGUGCCAGAGCCUUCGAUUGUGCCCCGAUGUUGGCCACCCCACACACUUUGCAAGCGGGCGCCUCCGGGCCUUCUCCCAAGCAGGGCGAGGCUAAGCGGGCUCCCAUGCCACCUCGGAAAGCCCGCAGAAGCAAAGACGGGAGUGAACUCCCCAGCCGCUUGAUCAAGAAGUUGUUUAGCCAUUAUGUGCAGAUGCCGGUUGCCAAGGAUGCUUUCGAGGUUGUUGAGAGGAGCGUCAGCCUGUACUUUAAGCAGCUGAGUGAUGACCUGGACGUCUUUACGAAACAUGCUGGACGGAAGAUCACAGAGCCUGCCGAUGUGGAGCUCCUCAUGAGGCGGCAAGGCCUGGUAACGGAGAACCGGCCGUUAAACGUGCUGAUAGAGCAGCAUAUGCCUCUGGAGUAUCGGAAGCUCUUGAUUCCGGUUGCUACGAGUGGAAAUAGAGUCGUUCCUUCCAAACGGAAAUGAAGCCGCAGCGAAAGGCUCUUCUGCAGAAGACUCUCUCUCUCCAUUUGGGAGAAAGAACUCUGGAGAAAGAAAUGUUGUAUCUGGGGGGGGGGGUCUUAGAAAUGCUCUCUUGCUUAGACAUUGCAUUGCAUUGAGAUUAAUCCACCGUUAUUGCGGUUUCCUUGAGUAUUUCUCGCUGGAAGGGGCUUCAUGCUGUUUUGUAUAUAUUAUUGGUAAGUGUUUGCUGUCUUUUGUACUUUGUGCACUACGGCAAAAACAGAAUGUUGUAUUGUUCUAUUAUAUUUCUCUCUGCCUCGGCAGUCUUCCAGGAGGCAAAAGCGGAGAGGCUUAAAUGUGUCCUGCCUGUCUCUAUUAAUAAAAUUUAGCAUCACUAAAA